UACGUCUUUUUUUCCUAAUAUCGUCUUGGUUUGUAGCACCAUUACUAAGAAAUUUCAGAUAAUAUCUUCUUACAUGAAUUUCUAUAAACUUUAAUGGUGGAAUUCAAGUUUAAACGGUACUACUUUACCUUUUAACGAAUAUUUUUUCUUUCAGUUAAGAUAACAAAGAUGCAAAUGUCUCACUAUUGCAGCCCCUAUUUUCUUGGGAUGAAAAUAAGAAGCAAAUGAAGUUGAAAAGGAGGCAUCGAAGGAAGGUGAAACUAUCCGAAUUAAUGUGAAGAACAAACCUUCUAGUGGAACAGGCAUGCUUUCAGCUACAGGAUUGUUAAAUGGACAUCCUGGAACUGUAAAGGCCAAAACUCUAAGCAUAGCACCACUCCCCAGUGGAGGAGUGAGGAUUCAGUCUCCUCUCCGACCCCCUCCCAAUGAUUCUGCAGCUGCUAGGAUGACUUUGGGAAGGCAUGAUACUACUCUUAAGGGGCCUAAGGAAGUUGCUAGACAUUCUGCUGAUCCACUGGCAAAUCUGUCACAACUGGAGAAGAAUCUUCCUACAACCACUGGAACAGGUUCUAAGAAGUCCACUGCAGCUGGAUGGGCUGCUUUUUUAUCAUGUUAGCAUUUGACUGUUGGUGGUUCGGAUCUUUGUCUCCUGUUGUAUUUAACAAGCUGAGAAAAAUUGAAAAGAAAAUUCAUAACUGAAGGAAUUUCAAUAUGUGCUCCAUCUUUGGAGGAAUAAUUAUUCUCGAAAUGUGUUGAUAUCGUUCUUUUGACA